AUGAAUGACAUGUGGUCUGGGCCUCCUUCACUACUCACUACCACCGUCAACGUCAACGUCAACUUCAUUUCAAACCCGCCACCAAACACUCCCUCUACCACUCCUGUCUCACCCCCUCGUGCAUCCCCGCCUACCCAUGUGCUGCCUGCGCUGUCUCGCGUGCCGUGCCAUGGCUCCCACGACCAUCGCUACCCUCUGAACAUCCCUCUACCACCCACCACCUCUCUCGCCCUGCCACCCACGUCCCCACGUCCGACCAGCGAGUAUGCUCCGCCAACCUCCCGUCUCUCGACCGCUACCCUCCCACCGGAUCGCCCGACCUCGCCGCCUGUCCAACCUGAGAAUGCCCGGACCAAACGCUUCAGCAUGUUGAAGUUUCGCAACUUCUCCGAAUCGCAUCUGUCCACCCGAGCAAGGGAGGAUGCCGCAAGAGAGGAGGUUCCGCCUAUGCCGGCGCUAAGCAGAGUUAAUACACCUGCCAUCGUGAAGACUGCGCCGACAUUUGAUCACGAAGUGCUUACUGCCGAGCAGAAUCGGAGUGCGCCUUCGACGAAAACUUUGGAAAAGACCAAAAGCAUGGCUUCUGACAUGUCGCGAUUGUCGCAAGAUCACGCCAGAGGAAAGGAAAGGAAGGAAAGGAAGUCUACAUCGAAAUGGCGGAAGUUGCAAGGCAGGAGCACUGGCUUGGAAGAUUUGCAGCGACUGUCCGCGGCGAAUUCACACAAGGACGCUCCUCCUGCGUACGGAAACGACAACGAUUCAGAACUGGCCCUUCCUGCGCCUCGUUUCUCGGAGUCUUCGCGAUCAAGUGGAAGCCGCGGCAGUUCUGGCGACCAUCAGAUCUACGGCAGUACGACUACGACGACUCACACAGUAUCCACGCACACGACAUUCUUUAAGCUUCCGCGAAGAAACAAAAACCGCAACUCACUAUUCCCCUUGCCUGUCAAGAUACCAUCGCCCGACGGGAGUCAGUCACCGAACGGACCCGCAACGCCUCGCGCAUCGACGAGCGCUGUAUCGAUCAAAAGCCGACAGUCUACCGAUUCACGAAGCGAACCUGCAACAACACGUUUCAGACGACACACCGAAACGAGCCCGACCAGGCGACAGGCCCAUCAGAAUCAGCUCGCAUCGUCUCCUCACACGAAUGCUUCAAGCUCUCUUGUGCUGUCCGAUACGGGGAGGCCUCUUGAACGCGAAGAGACCCAGUGGUCGCGCGACUCCUCCUUCUCUUCACCAUUGAGGCCACCGAUGCGAUUUGGCUUGAGGGACCGCGCAUCAACAACGAGCUCUUGGGGACGCGGGUCGAUGGAUACAGCCCAAGCGGGCGGAAGUGGGAGAACUUCAACGUCAACCACUGGAAGGGCCAGUCUUGGUGGUUUCUUGGGUCUGUCCCGCUUUCGACAAGGCUCGGAAUCGCAAUCGCCGCGAACUGGGUCGCCUUCGUCUAGGAGCAAGUCUAAUUCGUUCGCCUUGAGUAGAGAAGCGUUGGUAGUGCCUGAGCGAGAAGAAGGCGACACACCUGGAAAGUAUCUUGAACGACUCGAAGCUGCUGUGAACCGAAGCAUGAUCGCAGAGAUCCUUUCAAAGUCCUCAGAUCCAUUCGCACAGGCGGUGUUACGCAGCUACACCCGUCGAUUCCCCUUCUUCGGCGAGCCAAUCGACAUGUCUUUGCGCAAGUUCCUACUCGAGGCCGACCUUCCCAAGGAGACUCAACAAGUCGAUCGUGUUAUUCAGGCAUUCGCCGACAGAUAUCAUGAGUGCAACCCUGGAAUCUUCAUGUCAUCGGACCAGGCGUACAUUAUAGCAUUUUCGCUCAUGAUGCUGCACACGGAUGCAUUCAAUCGCAACAACAAACGCAAGAUGCAGAAGCAGGAUUACGUCAAGAAUACUUCUGGGCAACACGUUAGUGAGGAUGUCCUUGGGUGUUUCUACGACAACAUCUGCUAUACACCUUUCGUACACUACGAGGAGGAAGUGGACGUCAAUGGUGAAAGAGUGCUUCCUUUCACGACGAAGAAGAGCAAAUUGAAAGGUGCUAUCACGGAUUCCGGUAAGAAGGUCUCUGGCCCGGUCGACCCGUACAACCUCUUGGUGGAGCAAAAACUGGAUCUCCUGCGGCCUCCAAUCAAAGAUUCGAUACUGCUGGAAGAUCCGUACAACUACACAUGUGGCCAAACACCACUUGACAUGCAAUACCUGCAGCGAGCUUUCACACAUACCGGAACACUCCAAAUCAUCUCCGCUCGAUCACGGCCAGCGGCAUACGAAGGCCAAGUCAACACUGCAAACCCACAUGCGGUCGAAACCCAGCAAGGAAUUGUCGAUCUCAAAAUUACCAAGGUCGGAACGCUCUGGAGGAAGGCAGCCAAGAAAAAGAAGGCUCGUUCGCCAUGGCAAGAGUGGGGCGCAAUCCUCACAGGUUCACAGCUGUACCUCUUCAAGAACGCUUCCUGGGCAAAGGGCCUGGUGCACCAAUUCAUGUCCCAUCAGCGACAAGGUGCCCCGAGAAUGCCCGUAACGUUUUCACCUCCACUUACCGACUUCAAGCCUGACGCCCUUAUCAAGACCGACAACGCUGUCGCUCUUGUGGAUUCCACGUACCAGAGACACAAGAACGCGUUCACAUUCGUCCGACCUGGCGGCCAAGAGGAAGUUUUGCUGGCCGACAACGAGGGUGAACUCAUUGACUGGAUUAACCUUAUCAACUAUGCGGCAGCCUUCAGAGCUGCUGGCGUGCGCAUUCGUGGCAUGAUCUCUGGGAAUGACGAAUAUUCCCGCUCGCGCGACCUCCACCGGCCCACAUCUGCACACACAGCUACGUCUGCAACUAGCGAAGUCGCUGGCAAAGGCUCCGGCUACGAUCAAGGACUCACCCGUCAAGUCAUGACCGCGAGACGGCAGAUCAUGGUGCAGAAGAUCGGAGAAUACGACAAGGAGAUCGCCAAUCUGCAAAAGCAACACGAUGACAUUCUACGCAAUGCUCGCCAUCUCCUAGUACUUGCUCCUAUCCCGCCAAAGACGCGUGAAGACAUUGUUGUUGCUGCUGGGAGGAGCGAUGCUCUGUUGACCUGGGUUCGCCGUGACAUCUGGAAGAUGAGAUGCCAUCGUGACAUCCUGUCACUGGACAUUCAGCAAGACGGCGGUGAUGCUGGCGACAAGCUGGUCGAUACACCAGACACGGCGAAGAAGAUGCCACGGAUGAACUCACAGGUAAGCGGGCGCAGUCGCAGCCAACCACAAGGCACAAGUUCGCCCGCCAAAAGUGAAAGAUCGCCUACCAGCAGGCGUCCAAGACCCUCAACCACCGAAUCCAUGGAUACCUUUGUGGACGACGUCUUCCGUAGUACGGUCGAGAGUCCAUCUUCUCCAGGUGGAGACGGUUGGCGCCUGCCUCCGCUGCAGUUUGACGUAGAGCAGCAGCAAGACAAGCACCGUGGAUCCAUUGCUAGCACUCUACUCACCGCCGCAUCCGGCACUUCGCAAAGGCAGCACAGCUGGUCAGCUUCUUCGACCUCCAGCCGACAACACCACCGCCUGAAUUCGCCAGACCGCUCGGAAACCCUGCACACCAUCACUCGAACUCUCAGCGUUGGCGGCGAGGAUUCUAACCAGGUGCCGCAAGAAGAGGUCCGCACGCCUGACUCGGCGAUCCAGCGCACCAUGAACCUCGACGGCGUGGCAUCUACGCCCGAAAGCAACAAGACAGCCAAAGGCAAGCGUCGCAGCUUGCAAAAAACUCUCCGCGACGUCCACCACAACAGUUCAGUCUCCCAGCGCCACCGCCGCAAUAAGGAGAGCGAAAGCACAGUCCGCUCAGCCGAAGCCGAGAACCCGGACUUCCCAGAAGCCACCCCCGGCCUCGAGCGCGCCCAAGGCCGCUUCAUCCUGCACGGCAAGCAAGCCUCCGUCGUGCAAUUCGGCGACGACUGGCCAACAGAGCGCAUGCGCCUGCGCCGCGAAAAGUGGCACAGAGAGCACUCUGAGCCCGCCUCUCCGGGCAAAGAAGACACCAGAG